AUGCGCCUCCUCCGAAGCGACACUCUCGAGCCCGUGGAGUUCAUGCCGAACCAGAUCCCGCCGUACGCCAUCCUGUCACACACCUGGGAAGAUGAAGAAGUGAGCUUUGAGGAACUCAUGGGCCACGACAAGGCAUGGCAGAACAAGGCUGGCUGGAAGAAGAUUGUGGCUUUUGCAGAGAUAGCCUCCUCCGAUGGCUAUCAAUAUGUGUGGGCUGACACAUGCUGCAUCGACAAGAAGAGCAGCGCCGAGCUCCAGGAGGCCAUCAAUUCCAUGUACAAAUGGUAUCGCGACUCCCAGGUGUGCUACGCGUACCUGUCAGAUGUGAUGAUUGGUCCUCCGGUAGAGGGACGCUCAGCCGUGGAGGGAGUGCAGGGAUCCGCAUUUCGGGAGGCCCGAUGGUUCCGCCGAGGUUGGACGCUCCAAGAGCUUCUCGCACCCCAUCACGUCGUGUUCUUUGAUCAGGAAUGGAAUCAGAUCGGAGACAAGACCACGCUCCUCGAAUACCUAGAGGAGAUUACAGGCAUAGACGAGCGCUUUCUCAGCAGUCCGGCGAUGGUGCCUGAGGCAAGUGUCGCCGAGCGCAUGUCCUGGAUGGCCGGGCGGCAGACUACAAGAGACGAAGACAUUGCGUACUGCAUGCUGGGCAUCUUUGGCAUCCAUAUGCCGAUGUUGUACGGAGAAGGACACACCGCGUUUGCGAGGCUGCAGGAGAAAAUCAUGAAGGUCAACGAUGACUCGACUCUCCUCGCUUGG